AUUGUGACAUGUCUGUGUCAGAGGUCGAUGCUCUUCGUUUCGCUUGUUUCGUAAAGUUUGGUUGCACUUUUUCAAUAUUUUUUGCUGUGAAAUUAUGUUUGUAUUAUGAAUAUUUACAAGUUCUUGAAAAGGUAUUACAAUUACAUCCAAAUCAUACUUUUUUCCGUAGUCAGUUUUCAUCUAGGUUGUGGAUUUGCGGUAAACUGGGCAAAAUUUGACUGCGAUACUGAAAAUAAUAUUGUGAGACUGGAUUCCUAUCUGCAGACUUCGUUUGGUGGUAUUGAAUACGCUGUCCUUGUCCUGACUGGCCCAGAUAAUACAGAUAAAAGAGAUGUUAUCAGACAGACUUGGAUGAAACUCAGUAAUAAUAUCAACAUAAAAAAUAAACCUUAUAGAUCAGGUUAUGUAGAGCAGAAGCCACAAUUUCUUAAAAUAUUUUUUGCAGUUGGAACCCAAGGUCUAGACAAGAAGAAGUUACAUGACCUCUCUCUGGAAGAUACCAAAAAUAAAGAUAUUUUAUUUUUACAAGAUCUCCAAGACUCAUACAAAAAUUUAACACUCAAGCUUUUGAAUUCUCUGAAAUGGCUAAAUGAAAACUUGCCCAAACUGAAAUAUGUAGUAAAGUGUGAUGAUGAUUCAUUUGUUAGACUUGAUUUGAUAGUGAAGGAAAUUGAAAACUAUGCACCAGAAAUGAGUGCUGCCGAAAUAAGCAGCUACGUCACUCACCAAGAAUCUUUACCAUCAUACAGUGGGUUAUACUGGGGUUACUUCUUUGGUAAAGCUACAGUGUUUCGUUCCGGUAAAUGGAAAGAACCCAAUUGGUUUCUAUGUGAUACUUAUCUUCCUUAUGCUCUGGGAGGUGGCUAUGUCAUUUCCCGCAGUAUUGUGGAUUACAUCAGUAGAAAUCAUGAUGAUUUAGUGACAUAUAACUCUGAGGAUGUUUCAAUGGGUGUGUGGACAGCUGCAUUGAAAGGAAUCAACAGAGUACAUGACGUGAGGUUCGACACACAAUGGAGAUCCAGAGGCUGUCUCAACUCUAUGCUAAUCAGACAUAAACAAACUCCGCAAGAUAUGCUAGACAUGUAUAGCAUAUUAACAGAAACAAAUGGCAUUAAGCUAUGUAAAAAUGAAGCCUUAAAAUUUCGACAAUAUUCAUAUAAUUGGAAUGAAAAACCUAGCAUGUGUUGCACAUAAUAAUAAGUCAACUCUAGUCUUACAAUGAUGUGGUAAAAGAAGACAAAGUGUAAUUUUCUAAAUGUUACCUAUUUCAUUAGGUAUAACGGUUUUGUUUGUUAUUUAUCUUUAUACCUACCAUUUAUAAGUUCUUUAAUAAAAACACAAGAAAAUUA